AUGGAAACAGUUCUCAAUUCUCACUCAGGGCAACGCUUUCCUGUUCGUUUACAAGUCAACAAGUCCAAAAUUAUUUUUCAAGGUGAAGUGAAGAAUGUUUAUGUGAUUGUGUUGCAGAAUCUAUCAGAGCAAAAAGAGUUACAAUCAACCUUCUCUAAACAACAACUCAAACUAGAGAGAAGUGCAAAAGUACACCAUUUUACGCAAAUGAUGAAGGAUCAGAGAAGGUGGAACCAAUUUAAGAAACAUCAUCAAAACAAUAUUGAGUUUGCAGAUUGCAUUCAAUUCCUGGAAGAGAUUUCCCUUUACAAAAGUGUUGCCAAAGUUCAAACGAGAGUGGUAUUGCAAAAUGAAAUCAUUUCUCGAUAUUUGGAUUCAUCUUCCUCUCACGGCACCUUCUUUGGUCACAGCAAACUGUUGUCAAUUCCAAGAUGUGGACAGUUGGAAUUUUUUGACAAAAUAGAAAGAGCUGUCAUCUUGUUCAUGUAUGACGACUUUUUACGUUUUACUGUGAAAGAAGAAGAAUAUCAAGAACAACAACACCACGACGAUGAACAAUGUCGAUCACAAGACUUGUCGGAUGAAAGUUGUGAAAUAAAAUAA